AACUGAAAAUUCUUUCAUUCAACACAUUCUCCCAUUCAUCCCCAUCCUUUGACUCUCUUUUACUUCACCCCCCCUUAAUUCCGGCAUCUUUUCUCCCCGCACACGGCAGAGCCGCUGUCAUUUCUCACCGGAAAGAUACUUCAUUUAGACAACAACUGAAAAUAUUUAAAAGUUAACUUAAACAGAAAAUAAUAAUAAUAAAAAAGGAACUGUAAGGAGGAUUGUAAACAGAUCUGAGUGGUGUAGGUUGAUGGUUGUGUAUCACCGGAAAGCUGUGGAUGAUGACCGGAAAUUAUCGUUGUUUCAAAGUUUGGUGGUGGUCCGGUGAAUCUCUCACAUGGAAUGGCAGAUCUUGUUAGCUACAAUAAUACCAAUCGCGACACUGAACAGGCAUUAAUUGCUCUGAAGAAGGGCGCUCAGUUACUUAAAUAUGGUCGCAAGGGGAAGCCCAAGUUUUGUCCAUUUAGACUUUCUCAUGAUGAAUCUUCUUUAAUUUGGAUUUCCAGCAGUGGUGAACGUAGCCUGAAGUUAGCCUUGGUUUCUAGAAUCGUGCCUGGACAAAGAACCGCUGUCUUUCGGCGUUAUCUACGUCCUGAAAAGGAUUAUCUUUCAUUUUCUCUGAUAUAUAACAACGGUAAACGAUCUCUUGAUUUGAUUUGCAAGGAUAAAGUUGAGGCUGAAGUGUGGAUAGCAGGCCUCAAAGCACUGAUUUCCUCUGGACACGGAGGGCGUUCCAAAAUUGAUGGGUGGAGUGAAGGAGGCCUCUACGUUGAAGAUAAUAAAGAUUUAACAUCAAACAGUGCAAGUGAUAGCUCCGUUGGUGCUCCACCAGAUCUCAGCUCCCCAGACGCUUCUAUCAGCUCAACCUCAAACACGUCUCCCAUGAAUUACCGUCCAGAAAGUUCUACUAGUUUUGAAAAGUCAAAUGCAGCUUUUGACCAAACGAAUAUGCAAGUGAAGGGAUUUGGUUCCGAUGCUUUUCGGGUUAGUGUCUCUAGCCAACCUAGCACUUCCAGUCACGGGUCAGCCCAAGAUGAUUAUGAUGCUUUAGGUGAUGUGUACAUAUGGGGUGAGGUAAUCUGUGAUAAUAUUGUCAAAUUGGGCCCCGACCGAACCGCUAAUCCUCUUAUCACGAGAGCUGAUGUGCUUCUACCGAGACCAUUAGAAUCCAAUGUCGUUUUGGAUGUCAAUCAUAUAGCAUGUGGAGUGAGACACGCUGCACUUGUGACUAAACAAGGAGAAGUAUUCACCUGGGGUGAGGAAUCAGGAGGCCGGCUCGGUCAUGGGUUUGAAAAAGAUGUGACCCAACCUCGUCUAGUUGAGUCUUUAGCCGUUUGCAAUGUAGAUUUUGUUGCCUGUGGCGAGUUCCACACAUGUGCUGUCACGAUGUCUGGAGAGCUCUACACAUGGGGAGAUGGGACCCACAAUGCUGGGCUGCUUGGGCAUGGUACAAAUGUGAGUCACUGGAUACCUAAAAGAAUCGUUGACCCACUCGAGGGACUAAAAGUUGCAUCAGUCACGUGUGGGCCAUGGCAUACAGCUUUAAUAACAUCAACAGGUCAGCUCUUUACAUUUGGUGAUGGGACAUUUGGUGUUUUGGGUCACGGUGAUCGGGAAAAUGUCUCGUGCCCAAGGGAGGUAGAAUCUUUGUUAGGCUUAAGGACGAUUGCUGUUGCAUGUGGUGUGUGGCAUACAGCUGCUGUAGUGGAAGUAAUUGUAACACGUUCCAGUUCGGGUGUUUCUUCAGGAAAAUUAUUCACUUGGGGUGACGGGGACAAAAACCGUCUGGGUCAUGGAGACAGAGAGCCUCGACUCAAACCUACAUGCGUCCCAUCACUUAUCGAUUACAAUUUUCACAAAGUCGCUUGUGGGCACAGUUUGACUGUAGGCUUGACCACAACACGACAUGUUUUUACCAUGGGCAGCACUGUUUACGGUCAACUUGGAAACCCUCAAUGUGAUGGAAAAUUACCAUGUUUAGUAGAAGAUAAAUUAUCUGGUGAGCCAGUUGAAGAAAUUUCUUGUGGUGCAUACCAUGUGGCGGUUUUGACAUCAAGAAAUGAGGUUUACACAUGGGGGAAAGGUGCUAAUGGAAGAUUAGGCCAUGGAGAUAUCGAAGACCGUAAAGCACCAACUUUAGUUGAAGCUUUAAAAGAUCGACAUGUUAAAUUUAUAUCUUGUGGGUCAAAUUAUACAUCAGCAAUAUGUCUUCACAAAUGGGUUUCAGGUACCGAGCAGUCUCAGUGCGCAUCUUGUAGACAGGCUUUUGGGUUCACUAGAAAAAGGCACAACUGUUACAACUGUGGGCUUGUGCACUGCCAUUCCUGCAGUUCAAGAAAAGCAUUACGGGCUGCAUUAGCCCCAAAUCCUAAUAAACUACACCGUGUGUGUGAUUCCUGUUUUGUUAAAUUGAAUAAGUUAGCAGAAGCUGGCGUUAGUAACAGACGGAACGUGAUGCCUCGUCUUUCUGGUGAAAACAAAGAUAGAUUAGAUAAAUCCGAAAUGAGGUUAGCAAAGUCGGGGUUACCAUCCAAUCAGGAUUUAAUAAAGUUGUUGGACAAUAAAGCUGCUAGACAAGGGAAGAAAGGUGAUGCAUUUAGUAUAGGGCGCUCUUCUCAAGCUACUUCGCUGUUACAACUCAAAGAUGUUGUGUUGGCUACUGGUGGCGAUUUCCGUUACAUGGUUCCAAAACCGAUUGUCACCCAGUCUGUUGUUAGUUCCAGGUCAGUAUCGCCUUACUCGAGGAAAUCAAGCCCUCCACGUUCGGCAACACCCAUUCCUACAACGUCAGGACUUUCUUUCUCCAAAAAUGUUGCUGACAGCUUAAAGAAAACCAAUGAUCUAUUGAAUCGAGAAAUUCUUAAAUUACGUGAUCAGGUUGAAAGCCUCAGACAUCAAUGUGAAGUUCAAGAAGCAGAGCUAAAAAAAUCAAGAAAGCAAGCUCAGGAAGCAAUGGUAUCAGCUGCUGACGAAUCUGCUAAAUGUAAAGCUGCAAAAGAUGUGAUAAAAUCUCUUACAGGACAGCUAAAGGAUAUGGCAGAGAGAUUGCCACCGGGGUCCUAUGAUCUUGACAGCAUUAAGAUACCAAACGGUCUGGAAGCCAGUUCUAUUCUUCAUACUGAUGAUACAAAUGGAGACAACAAAUCAAAUCUUCUAAUCUCUCCAGUGGACAUAUCAUCUGCUUCUAUAAAUGAAACAUUGAGCCCCACUGAAACGUCCACUGAAACCAAAGAACCAAUACCGAUUUCCAAUGGGAAUGACGGAUACUCAGAUACCAGAUCUCUUAAUGGCAGUGGAGCAGCAGGGGUUGAACCGGGAAACAAGUAUUUGUCUGAUAACAUGUCUUCCCAAGAAGGGGAUAAUAAUGGGUUUAAACCAAGAAAUCCUGCGUCUAACAGUAAUAAUACCUAUAAUUCCCCUGAUCAAGUUCAGGAUGAAUGGAUUGAACAGUAUGAGCCUGGUGUGUACAUAACGCUCAUGGCUCUACGUGACGGAACUAGAGAUCUCAAAAGAGUGCGCUUCAGUCGAAGGAGAUUCGGGGAGCACCAAGCUGAGACUUGGUGGUCAGAAAACCGUGAAAAGGUUUAUGAAAAAUAUAAUGUGCGUGGGUCGGAUAAGUCAUCCGUUUCUUCCCAGACUGCCCGAAGAUCUGCUGAGUCUCUGACAGCUCCUGGCCAAUAUUAGCAUCACCUGGAUGUUUUUUUCAGAGUAGCAGGCGGUCAGGCAUAUCUCUCACCUAAUUUAUAUUUCUGGUUUCAAAUUUUGAUUCGUGGUUCUAUUGUGAUUUACAUUUAGAUGGUCCAAAUAGAUUCAUGGGUAGAUGGUUUUAAUUUCUGUAUCUUGUGCUGUAGUGUACAUAAACUCAAUUAUUUAUGUGAUUAUAUCUAUUUAGAGCAAUCUAUUAUCAUGAAAA